UAAACACAGGAUGACAGAAAAAGAGAAGGGUUGCUACAACAAGAACAACACACAUGUAACAAAUCAUUUUCAUGGAAUUUACCCGAAAAUAUCCGCUCAUGGAAUGGGAGGAACAUUGGGAAAGAGAAAAAGAACACAGAAAACAGAUGAUAGAAGAAGGAGGAGAGAAGUUUGAAGAGGAGAAGAGGAAACUUAAAUGGAUUAUGUCCUACAAUGACAGCAAGAUAGGAAUAAUAAAAAAGGAGAAGGGAAAAGAAAAAGAACAAGAAAUCAUACAGAGGUAUCAUAGACAAAGUUACCUAGAAGAGAUCUUCCACACUCUAGAGGAGAUGAGAGUGAAGAACGUACUCACAGACCUGAUCCUGAGCACAGAGGAUGGGCUGACCAUUCAUGUUCACUCCCUUGUCCUGGCUGCAGUAAGCUCUCUCAUCCAGCAAAAGAUUCAAAAAAGGUGUAGAGGAGAGAGGGAGAUGUUUCUGAGAUUGGCUCCUGAGGUGCAUGGUUUGGGGCUGGUUGCAGUGGUGGAGUUUGCCUACACUGGAGUCAUCACCACCACGAGCAAAGACAAGGCACAGAUUCAAACUACAGCCCAAAGCCUUGGGGCGCCCAGGAUUCUGGAACUUUUGAAAGUAGAAAAAGAGAUACAGAAAGGUAACAAAGAAAAACAGAAAACCAGCUCAGCAGAAGACCAAAUGAAGGUCAGCUUGCAGUCCAUAAAUCAGUUAUUGGCUGAGAGAGUGGGAUGUGAUGUAGAGCUGGUUGUAGAAGGAAUCGUUUUCAAUGCUCACAGAGUGCUUUUGACUGCCAGCAGCAAUUAUUUCAGAGGUAUGUUUACCACUGGAAUGAGGGAGAGCCAGCAAGAAUCUGUGUCUCUGCUGUUAGUCAGGGCCGCUGAGUUUGAGGACCUCCUUCACUGUGCCUACACAGGGACUUUAGCGCUCGGAUGGAACUGUGUUUUUGAAUUUACCUGUGCUUCUAUUCAAUUCCAAUUUGAGCCAGCCCUCUCACUGUGCCUUAACUUUCUGCAAAGGGAAAUAGAUGUUCAAAACUGCCUGGAUGUGGCAUCUUUCGCAGACGCCUAUGGGAUGGCUGAUUUAAAAGAGCUGGCAGAUGAUUUUGCAUUAAGACAUUUCCAGGAGCUAUCUGCCACCCCAAAGUUUCAGGACCUAUCGGCAGAAAGGCUAAUAGAGUUCCUCCAAUCCAAUGCACUAUCUGCUCCCUCAGAGCUGACAGUUUUCCGAGCAGUUGUCGCCUGGGUAGAGGCAGAUCCUGCUAGAAGACUUCCACACUCUGAAAAGCUAAUGAGCGCCGUUCGUUUUUCAUUCAUGACCUUUAAAGAAUUUCGAGAAGUUCGUGCUGUAAACAUGAGCAUGGAAUGCAGUGGGGGAGAUAAGGUUGAACUCUACAAAUCUGCACUUAAAGAGUUUGUGUGUGGCGACUCAAACUCUGUAGCACAGCAGCAUCGUGUACGCUACCCUAAAGAUGCCCUUGUUUUAGUCGGAGGUGAUCAACUGCAUCCAGACACAGGUCAACGACUUCCCAGCAAGCAACUUUGGUUUGCUAACUCUCUCAGGAAUGGAACAGGACUUGUAAAGGAGAUAGAAUGGAGAAUGCUGGGAGAAAUGCCAGAUCUGGCUAGAUUUAGACAUAGUGUUGGGGUACUUGGAGGGAAAUUAUAUUUGGCUGGAGGUUGCCACUUUUAUGCCAAGGCUGAUACCUUAAAAUCUUUUUUCAGGUUUGACCCUGUCCGAGACAGCUGGGAAAGGCUGGCAGACAUGGUUGAACAGAGGAGCAACUUUACUCUGGUGGUGAGUGAAAAUGUCCUGUAUUCUAUUGGAGGAGACAAGGACAUCAACACAAAUCUUGACAGUGUGGAACAAUACUCAACAAAAUCAGAUUUUUGGAGCUUGACUCAUCCUUUAGACCAAGCCCUGAGCGGGCAUGCUGCCACAGUUUGGGGAGGUGAGAUCUUCAUUUCAGGAGGCUUCAACUCCAAAUAUCAAUGUUUGGCAACAAUGUUCCUCUAUCACCCAGCGAGAGGAACAACUUAUCUUGCUGAGAUGACCAACGACCGAGCCCAGCAUUGCAUUGAGGGCCUGAAAAAACAUUUAUACGUAGCUGGUGGAGUGUGCAACCUUCGGAAGUUCUACACAGACCAGAUGUCUUGUGAAAUGUAUGAUCCCACACAUGACAUCUGGACAGUGUUCGCCCCACUAUCCAUCCCCCAUGUCGGAGCAGCUUCUGCUGUUUUAGAGGAGAGGCUGUACAUUUUAGGCGGUUAUUGCCAGGAGGACUAUAACGAGGUCAGGCUUGCUCAUCGCUAUGACCCUGUCACUCAGAGAUGGGAGACCAUGGGCAAGAUGCUAGGCCCUGUCACAGACACUCGGGCGUGCCUCCUUCAUCUGCCCACCUAUAUCAGAAAAAAAGAAUGUGGAUAGGCGUUGCCCCCAUUACUAUAAAUGAUUUAUUGAUGAAAAAUGAUUUGUGUUCUUUUUUCCUAAUAUUAAUUUCUGUUAUGUGAUAGAAAACGUUUUGCACUUUUCACUCGUUUCAAUGGCCUCUGAUGAAGCAUUAAAUAAAUAUUUUUUGAGGAGGUGUAAGCCCUGCAUAUAACCGUGUACAGAUUUUCCCUUUCCCUUUUGGCCUUUGUGUUAUGUGAAAGUACAAAUGUGUUAAAUAAAUUACAUUUUUAUUGUGUCAAGUCAUUCCUUUUUCCCUUGCCAAAAAGUAGUAUACUUCAAGUUUAUUUGAUUAAGUAUACCUAAGGUAAAAUUCAAGUAUAUUGUUAAAGGGGAAUUUCACCCAAAAAUCAACUUUGUGUGAUUUUUUACUUACCCACAUGACGUAAAACAUGUUUAGAGAACUUCCGGCAUCUUCGGAGCACAAAUAGAGAUAUUUAGAUGACAUCCGAGAGAUUUCCAGGCCUCCUUAUAGACAUCAUGGUGUCAGUUUUUGCCAAGGUCCAGAAAAGUACUAAAGACAUCGUUAAAUUAGUCCA